CUCGUCGAGUAUCGCUCUGAUCCCUCCCUGCCCAUGCUGUACAUAAGUCGGCUGACCGGGUUGUGAUGCGAUGAAUGCGUAAAGUUGCAGCCGCCAUUGCGUCGUUCAUUGUUGCCAACCGGAAGUGAGUCUUUACACGAUGGAAAAGUCUAUGGUGAUGAAUAUCGAUGGAAGCAAUACGACAAGAACGCAAAGAGCGUUGCGACCGGAUGAGCCCGGAGACUGGGCGACUCCCACUCAUGGAGUCAAGGAGUCAAGAUUGACUCAUCAUUCAUCAUAUUUGCUCAUCGCGCCAAGCCGUUGUCCGCCUAUCUCCUAUUUUUGCGUGCUAAAGUUAGGUAGGUACUCUGUACCCUCGUUGCCGUCGUCCAUACCGCCGUUGUUUCGCAUCAACACGCACACAUGAAUACCCCGUCUGAGGAAGUCAAGUCAAAUUAUACCGCAACUGUCCCGAUUCUCAGUAUCCUGUCGCCAGUUCCCAUUUGUAGGAAGAAGCUGAGACCGAGAGUUGUUGGGGGUCCAGGGUAGAAUUAGACAUAUAAUGAACAGAGAUGAAAAAUAAGUGACGGGUUUGUAGAAACACCUUCGUUGGGAUACAAUGCUUGUGAGGAUAAUGAUGGGAGAGGGAAAAAGGUUAGAGACGCCCUAAUCAUGCAUGAUUUCCCAGAACGAGCCAAAAGACUCUUUCGAGACUCGCAGCAAAGCAUCACGCGGUUGAUGCGCCACCUGACACCCUCCUCCCCUCCAUGGCUGCUGCGCCGCAUCGGAACACCUCCAAAGCUCCAGACGCCGAAACGCCCGAUUAAAAAGGAAAGACGCGCACCCUCUGCUGGCACGGCGCAAAUCAAGAGUGCAGCUGCUGACUGGCAUGCUGGCUGACAUGCUGCACGAAGUCUUCCAAAUGGUCAUCAACCACGUAAAAGUGCAGAGGUCGCCUCGCAGCCUGCGCCUCGCAUCCCUCAGCAUACAAAGCGGAUGAUGCCCCCCCGCCAUCGCGAACGAUUUCCUGAUACCGAAUUGUUCCCUGUUGGCAAGUUGAUGGAUACGAUACAAGUCACAUCACCAUCAAGACAGGAAACAAUAAGCACCAUGAGCAACCCUCAGGGGCCCCAAGAGAUCGGCAAGGACUACAGCCCCUCCGUCUUCAGCCAAGACACCCUCGCCGGCUCCGACGCCAACUCGGUCCACCCGCUGCUCACCCGUAACGUCGGCGGCACCACCACCACCACCACCAGCCCCCUCCGUGGCACCGACCCGCAGCCGAGCGCGAGCGACAACUUCCACUACGUCUCCACGCGCGUCGUCAAGGAGAUCCCCAAGGCCAAGACGCCGUCGGACCCCAAGUCCCCGCUGGGCCGGCUCAAGAACCUUCUCAAGCCCCCCGUCGUCAAGGCCGUCGAGGCGCUGCCGAGCCACGAGGGCAAGUCGUAUCACGUCGACGAGCAGGGUCAGAUCAUCGAAACAACGACCCGGAGAGCAGGUACGACGAACAAUCGCUGGGCAGUCGGCGGCUAGUUUGACAAGAAAGAGAGAGAGACGGGAGGAAAAAGAGACAUUCACUUCAAUCUGGUGAUUAGAACUUGCAUAGUCAUGACUGUACGAGAAAUAUGUAUUCCAAUAUUUAAACCUUUCUUUCAAUCAUAUAUCUAGUCACGCUCUUCCUUUUUCCGUACUCGCCCCUCGACC